AUGGACUGUACUGGCAAGUUACAGUCAAGCAGCCCUCGACCUCCGCCGCCGCGCGCCUACAUGGACUGUAAGGGGAACGACCUCAACGUGCUGCACUUGGCAUGCUGUGUGAGCAAGAAACUCCUGUUCGAGGAUCCAAAGUACGGCAUAUCGAACGCCGACUUCAUGAAUUCCAAGUUCUAUCAAUUGUUGUUCUUCCAGCUCGGGAACUACCACUACUGGCUCAAGUCAAGCUCUAUCCACUCUUAUAGCCAGCCCGUCUACGUCGAGCAGGAUUCUUGCAGCAUCUUUAUCAUCGACAGUAGCUUCCUCAUCCACUUCCUCCGCCUCUUCCGCAAAUACAGCACGCUCAAAAAGCAAGAGCACGAUCUCGAGCACGAGUGCGAAGUCACGUAA